ACAAACAUUAUUGUUUGAUGUCUUAAUUGGUUUGUACAGAAACUGAAUCCAAUCUCCAUGCAUUAUGUCUCCUCUUAAGAUAUCCAAAUAUUUCAGCUUUGCUGCAUCCAGGGACUGGCUCUACCGCUACACCUUCGCAAAUGCCGGCCUCCAAUCCAUGAAAACCGACAUUGGAGAUGGCACAAUCAUGCACUGCUGGAUCCCCAAAAUUCACAAACCAUCAAAGCCAAAUCUCCUCCUCCUCCAUGGCUUUGGUGCCAACGCAAUGUGGCAAUAUGGAGACCAUCUCCGCCACUUCACUGCCCCGUUUAACGUCUACGUCCCCGAUUUACUCUUCUUCGGAGAAUCCUACACGGCUAGGAAUGAGCGGACGGAGGCGUUCCAAGCUCAAUGUGUAAUGAAAAUGAUGGGAGCACAAGGAGUGGAUAGAAUGAGCCUUGUGGGGAUUAGUUAUGGAGGGUUUGUAGGGUAUAAUAUGGCGGUGCAGUUUCCGGAGUCUGUGGAGCGGUUGGUGUUGUGUUGUACAGGAGUUUGUUUGGAGGAGAAGGACAUGGAAGAUGGUUUGUUUAAGGUGCCAAAUCUGGACGAGGCUUCCAGUAUUUUAUUGCCUCAGACGCCUGAGAAACUGAGGGAGUUGUUGCGGUUUUCGUUCGUUAAGCCUGCCCGGGGCGUGCCUUCUUGGUUCCUCUCCGAUUUCAUCCAUGUGAUGUGCACAGAUUAUGUUGAGGAGAAGAGAGAGCUAAUACACGCAAUACUCAAAGAUAGACAUCUCUCUAAUCUUCCUAAAAUCACACAGCCUACAUUGAUAGUAUGGGGAGAGCAAGACCAAAUAUUUCCUUUGGAGCUGGGAAACAGAUUAAAAAGGCAUAUCGGUGAAGGUGCAAGCCUAGUAGUGGUAAAGAAUGCAGGGCAUGCAGUGAACCUAGAAAGGCCAAAGGAGUUCCUCAGGCACCUCAGAUCCUUCCUUGUAGAUAAUAAUAAUAAUGUAUCCUCUUGUUAAUGAUAAGAAAUCAGAGUCAAAUCAUUUUAAUUUGUGAUUAUUAAACGCAAUUAG